CCUAGACACAGAACGUCAGUCAAUUGUUGUACACCGCAAGUGUUCGCAUUAUUAAACAAUCUUUUCUAAGUCAACUUGUUAAGUUAACAAAACCGCCAAAAUGUACAAGCUGUUUGUUUUCUCCUGCCUGAUUGCCGCCGCCGUCGCUGCUCCCGCUCCAGGUGUUGUACUUGCUAGCCCGGUUGUUCAUUCCGCCCCAAUCGUUCAUGCUGCCCCAAUUGUUCACCACGCACCCGUUGCCGUGAGCCACUCCUCAUCCCACGUCGUGCACCACGCCCCAGUCGUCAAGACUAUUGUAGCCCACCCCGCUCCAGUCGUCGCUGUCCACCACGCACCACUCAUCAAGACCGUCCCUGUUGUCCACACCCCAGUGAUCAAGGCUGUCCCAGUAGUGCACCAUGCCCCAGUGGUGACCAAGACCAUCGUCUCAUCCCCAGUGGUUCACUCCGUGCACCCAGUCCCAGUCCACAGCCCAGUCCUCAUCCAUCACUAGACGCUACUCGGGGUAUCCGUCAAGAAGUUCCCCCUUUGAGAUGUAGAAACAAACAAAGACUAGCAUCGAAUACUCUCCAUUCAAAUCUGCGAUUAGUAUUGUACAUAGAUGAAACCAGUACUGUGUCCGUUUUUUAUACACAACUCCAAGAACAGAUUGAGUCUAGUAAAACAAUGCGAUAAAUAAGAAAGAAGCAAAAUGCAAUAACACAAAAUACAUGCAACUUUGUUCAAAAAGUUAAA